AUGGCGUCCCCUGCUGGUCACUCGGGCCCUGGACGACAAGAUGAAGAGGGUCAACAGUCCCAGCAAAGUCUUCCAGACAAAUCAUCAAGCACUGCUACCAGCCAGAACAAAGCGUCCUUAGGAAAUGACCUUGGAAUGCGCACCAAGCUGCAUCGUUUCCUAGGUGGCACCAAGGACCCGAAUGUCCUCUUCCGUGGUCGGAAUGUGAACAGAAUCCGAAACCUCACGAUGCACCAGCUCUACGCACAGGGUCUUUCUCCCCCUGUCUCGGAGGAGUAUCUGAAAUGGCACAUGGCAUUCUACAUUUGGUCCUUCGUUGGAUAUAUCCCGGAAUGGAAGAAACUCGUCAUGAGGGGUGAUAAGCUCGACAAGCAACCGGAUUCAGAAACCCUAUUCCCAUUCAUCGACCGCCGCCCAGGCCGAUACGAAAAGCCUUACAGCCAGGCGUAUGCAGACUUUUGGGACCAAGUGCAAGGAGCCAGUGCCACACAAGGCACCAAUGGCGAUGGGGAGUUCGUUGCCGUGGACACCCAAAGGUCGACACCGAAGAUGAUCUGA